GUGCCGGUGGCCCGGGGACGUCAACGGCCUCCGCCCGCGCGCCGCCUGUUCGCACCCUCCGGGUGCCUGCGAACGUCAGUCCCAUUUUAGGGAUGCGCGACGUGAGGCCAGCCCAGCGGCCCGCGCGCUCGGCCCGUCGCCCUUGACAACGCGACACAAGGUCACGGAGAGCCCGCCCCCAGGCCCGGCUGUCCCCGCGCGGGCCACGGAGGUCCCGUCCACUCUCCGGCGCAGGCGGCGGGCCGGGCAGCCCUGCGCUCACCAUGACGUCAGCGCGCCGCGCCCGAGGAAGGCCCCGCCCCGCCCCACCCCCGCCGCGCGUGCUGCCCCGGCGCUGAGGAGGAUAGACAUGGCGCGCGAGCUGCGGGUGUUGCUGCUGUGGGGUCGCAGCCUGCGGGCUCCGGCCCUGGCGGCCGCCCCGAGAGGAGUGUGAGGUGACACACAUCCACGCUGCUGCCGGAAUGUGAGCCGACGGUCCCUGGACGGUGACUUGGCGGCAUCGACCAUGGCGGAGACUGGACAUAACCUGAGACCCGGAGACCCCACUUCUAGACGUGUACUCCGAUCUGCCCAGUCUGUGGUGCUUGGCCACAGCAAGCCCAGGAAACAGCACACAGCUCUUCUAGGAAAACCCUUUCUGUGUCCUUGGCGGACCCCGGCCCAGUCCAGGAGCCCCAGGCGAAGCCUGGCGUCGAGCUUCCAUGCUGGACGGCUCUUCAGCUCGCAGGCUGCGGAGGACCAGACGGAGGAGCCCCCCCACACCAUCAUCAGCAGCACCGAGACCGUGCAGGGUUCUGUUUCCAAACAUGAGUUCCAGGCUGAGACAAAGAAGCUUCUGGACAUUGUUGCCCGUUCCUUGUACUCAGAAAAAGAGGUGUUUAUACGGGAGCUGGUCUCCAACGCCAGUGACGCCUUGGAAAAGCUGCGUCACAAGCUGCUGUCUGAAGGCCAGACGCUGCCAGAAAUGGAGAUCCACUUACAGACGGACGCCGAGAAAGGCACCAUCACCAUCCAGGACACUGGCAUCGGGAUGACACAAGAAGAACUGGUGUCCAAUCUAGGAACCAUCGCCAGGUCGGGGUCAAAGGCCUUUCUGGAUGCGCUGCAGAGCCAGGCGGAGGCCAGCAGCAAGAUCAUCGGCCAGUUUGGAGUGGGUUUCUACUCCGCUUUCAUGGUGGCUGACAGAGUGGAGGUCUAUUCCCGCUCAGCGGACCCAGGCAGCCCUGGUUACCAGUGGCUCUCAGAUGGCUCUGGGGUAUUUGAAAUCGCUGAAGCCUCGGGAGUAAGAACCGGGACCAAAAUCAUCAUCCACCUCAAGUCAGACAGCAGAGAGUUUGCCAACGAGGCCCGGGUUCGAGAUGUGGUGACAAAGUACAGUAACUUCGUCAGCUUCCCCUUGUACCUUAACGGAAGGCGCAUUAAUACCUUGCAGGCUGUCUGGAUGAUGGACCCCAAGGAUGUGGGUGAGUGGCAGCACGAGGAGUUCUACCGCUACGUCGCUCAGGCCCACGACAAGCCCCGCUACACCCUGCACUACAGGACGGACGCGCCUCUCAACAUCCGUAGCAUCUUCUAUGUGCCGGACACGAAACCAUCCAUGUUUGAUGUGAGUCGGGAGUUGGGCUCCAGCAUCGCGCUGUACAGCCGCAAGGUCCUCAUCCAGACCAAGGCCACCGACAUCCUGCCCAAGUGGCUGCGCUUCGUUCGCGGCGUGGUGGACAGUGAGGACAUCCCCCUGAACCUCAGUCGGGAGCUCCUGCAGGAGAGCGCACUCAUCAGGAAGCUCCGGGACCUUCUACAGCAGAGGCUAAUAAAAUUCUUCAUUGACCAGAGUAAAAAAGAUGCUGAAAAAUAUGCCAAGUUUUUUGAAGAUUAUGGCUUGUUCAUGAGGGAGGGCAUUGUGACCACCGCUGAGCAGGAAGUCAAGGAGGACAUCGCAAAGCUGCUGCGGUACGAGUCCUCAGCCCUGCCUGCUGGGCAGCUGACCAGCCUCCCGGACUACGGCAGCCGCAUGCCAGCCGGCACCCGCACCAUCUACUACCUGUGUGCCCCCAGCCGGCACCUGGCUGAGCAUUCGCCCUACUACGAAGCCAUGAAGCAGAAAAACAUGGAGGUUCUCUUCUGUUAUGAGCAGUUUGAUGAGCUGACAUUGCUCCACCUUCAUGAGUUUGACAAGAAGAAACUGAUCUCUGUGGAGACGGACAUCGUUGUUGAUCACUACAAGGAGGAGAAGUCGGAGGAUGGGUCCUCAGCUGGUGACCGCCUGUCGGAGAAGGAGACGGACGACCUGAUGGCUUGGAUGAGAAAUGCACUGGGGUCACGUGUCACCAAUGUCAAGGUGACUCUUCGACUGGACACCCACCCUGCCAUGAUCACCGUGUUGGAGAUGGGGGCCGCCCGGCACUUCCUGCGCCUGCAGCAGCUGGCCAAGACCCAGGAGGAGCGCGCUCAGCUUCUGCAGCCCACGCUGGAGAUCAACCCCAGACACACGCUGAUCAAGAAGCUCAGUCAGCUGAGGGACAGCGAGCCUGACCUGGCCCAGCUGCUGGUUGAUCAGAUCUAUGAGAACGCCAUGAUCGCCGCCGGGCUCGUUGAUGACCCCCGCCCCAUGGUGGGCCGCCUGAACCACCUGCUUGUCAAGGCCCUGGAGCGACACUGAAGCGUGAAGACCCCCAGUCUUCGUGCAGGGACUAGGGCUCAAGAGGAGGUGACGAAGAAAGAGGAAGCCUGAGACCAGCCAGGGAGAAAGGACUAGGUGCGUCCAGUGACAACACCCCCUUCAAGCUUUAUUAAAAGCAGAUGUUAAUCUAAA